UUUGGGAACAGGUUGUGGGGAUAUCUUUGUGGAUAGGUGAAGCUGGAUUAGAACCAAGUUUCCUGCUCUGAUGGGUCCAGUGGAAUUUCUAUGCUAAACGUAUAUGUCCUCAAGAUAGCACCAUGGAAGUUACUCCCCGAGGGGAUCCAGCUGCCAAAAGGGGGGAAAAAUUCAAGAGCUGCUCUUAAAAGAAGUUGCCCUUGCUGGUGCUCGGGGUAAAAAUAGAGGCGGCCGCUCGGAGUGGCUUGGCCCGGACUCCAGCACCGCGAGCCGGGCUCGAGCCGCGGCCGCGUUCCGGCGUGAUCCCCGGGAGCUGCCAGCAGGUGUUGCUCAAGAGAAUUUGCUGAAGAGGAGAAGAAAAAAAAAAAAAAGAAAAAAAAAAAAGAAAGGAAAAAAAAAAAAAAACCUGUGCGUGAGGGGGGAGGAAAAGCAGGGCCUUUUAAAAAAAGGCAAUCACAACAACUUUUGCUGCCAGGAUGCCCUUGCUUUGGCUGAGAGGAUUUCUGUUGGCGAGUUGCUGGAUUAUAGUGAGGAGUUCCCCCACCCCAGGAUCCGAGGGGCACGGCGCAGCCCCCGACUGCCCGUCCUGUGCGCUGGCCACCCUCCCAAAGGAUGUACCCAACUCUCAGCCGGAGAUGGUGGAGGCCGUCAAGAAGCACAUUUUAAACAUGCUGCACUUGAAGAAGAGACCCGAAGUCACCCAGCCGGUGCCCAAGGCGGCGCUUCUGAACGCUAUCCGAAAGCUUCAUGUGGGCAAAGUGGGGGAGAACGGGUACGUAGAGAUAGAGGAUGACAUCGGCAGGAGGGCAGAAAUGAAUGAACUCAUGGAGCAGACCUCGGAGAUCAUCACGUUCGCAGAAGCAGGCACCGCCAGGAAAACGCUGCACUUUGAGAUUUCCAAAGAAGGCAGUGACCUGUCGGUGGUGGAGCGGGCCGAAGUCUGGCUCUUCCUCAAAGUCCCCAAGGCCAAUAGGACCAGGACCAAAGUCACCAUCCAGCUCUUGCAGAAGCAGCCCCAGGGCAGCGGAGACGCAGGGGAGGAGGCCGAGGAGAGGGGCUUCACGAAGGAAAGGAACGAAGUGUUGAUAUCGGAAAAGGUGGUGGAUGCGAGCAAGAGCACCUGGCACAUCUUCCCGGUGUCCAGCAGCAUCCAGCGGUUGCUGGACCAGGGCAGGAGCUCCCUGGACGUUCGGAUUGCCUGUGAGCAGUGCCACGAGACCGGCGCCAGCCUGGUGCUCCUGGGCAAGAAGAAGAAGAAGGAGGAGGAGGGGGAAGGGAAGAAGACCGGAGGAGACGGAGGGGCAGGGGGGGAGGAGGACAAGGAGCAGUCCCACAGACCUUUCCUCAUGCUGCAGGCCCGCCAGUCCGAAGACCACCCUCAUCGGCGACGGCGGCGGGGCUUGGAGUGCGACGGCAAGGUCAACAUCUGCUGUAAGAAACAGUUCUUCGUCAGUUUCAAGGACAUCGGCUGGAACGACUGGAUCAUCGCUCCCUCCGGCUAUCACGCCAACUACUGCGAGGGUGAGUGCCCGAGCCACAUAGCAGGCACGUCGGGGUCCUCGCUCUCCUUCCACUCGACGGUCAUCAACCACUACCGCAUGCGGGGGCACAGCCCCUUCGCCAACCUCAAGUCGUGCUGUGUGCCCACCAAGCUGAGACCCAUGUCCAUGCUGUACUAUGAUGAUGGGCAGAACAUCAUCAAGAAGGACAUUCAGAACAUGAUAGUGGAGGAGUGUGGGUGCUCAUAGAGCGCCCCGCCCAGGGGGGACGGGAGCCAGAGUUGUCCAGAGAAGACAGUGGCAAAAUGAAGAAAUGUUUAAGGUUUCUGAGUUAAACAAGCAGAAAAAAAAAAAAAAAUAGAAAUUAAAAAAAAAAUAAACUAAAAACAAAACCUGAAACAGAUGAAGGAAGAUGUGGAAAAAUUCCUUAGCCAGGGCUCAGAGAUGAAGCAGUGAACAAGAUGGGAAUUGGGAGGGAGAGGGAGAACAGCACCCCCUUCAUUUCUUCUGAUAUCAAGGUGAUGACAUCAGUUGCUUACACGGGAGUAUUGUCCCCUCCUUUUCAGUCCCCCUUUCAGUGUGAGCCUCGAAGUCGACUUGUCUAGUCUGCAAUAACGUGGGCUGGCACAACCCAAAUAGCAUCUAGAAAGCCAUGAGUUUGAAAGAGCCAGUUACAGGCACUUUCCCACCCAGUUACCCAGGUUGUAAGGUAUGUCUGUGUGACCCUCUCUCUGUGUAUAUCAGCCCGUGCGCACACGCACACAGACACACACACACACACACACACACACACACACACAGAGGCAUUUCCACAUGACACAUGCAUACACAUACUGGUAAGGGAACAAUAGUGUGCAGGUGGUCACACUUCUUUUUCUGUACCAGUUUUGCAACAAAGCAAAACAAAACAAAAAAACAACCUAAAAACAAAACAAAACAAAACAAAAAUUUGAGAACAAGAAUGGGAAGAGAGCAAAAUCAAGGAACAAAGAAUACCAAGUUACAUUUCGUUAAGGUGCUUAUGAUCUUAGUACUAUGCAACCUAAUAGGUUUGAAACUGUUUACCUGAGAGAGAACAAAAUGAGAGACUUUUUUGUAUUGGAAGUAACCUGAUUAAUUUUUAUUUUCUUCAAGGAGAGAUACUUGAAAGGAAUAUGUUUGUCCAUCUGUUGGAUCCAAACAUUUCUAUAUUUUGUAAAUGUUGUUUUUUUUUUAUCGUUUACUAUUUGCACUACAAUGGUGUUUGACCUGUCUAAUCCUUAUUUAACAAGUAUUUUCUUUGGGUGGGGGUGGGGGGGGUUUAAGAGCUGCACUUAAUGUGAGCUAUAAGAGAACUGCUACAGCACACAAAAUAGCUAUUUUUAUUAUUAUAAUUAUAAUUAUUAUUAUUAUUUUGUACCUUAAAAAAUAGACACAUACACCAAAGACAUUUGUGUGAGCCUUUAAAACAGUCUGUCUGUGGUUGGUAUCAUUCACCAUCAGUGAGUCAGGGGUUGGGAUUCAAGGCGGAGGAGGGUGGAUUGUGUUCAGGCUGAAAAGACCUGAGAAGUUUGGUUUUUGACUCCUUUGACAUCCAUGAAACGGGACAUUUCAUACUGGAUGUACAGUAGUUGUACACUGUUAGCUAUCAUAGAACACUACAUGCUUGUCUGUGUAUAUGUACAUGGCUUGUGCAUAUGCAUACCUGUGUGUAUAUAUACAUGGAUCGCAUCAUGCCCAUGCACAUUUUAAGCACGUCAGGCUGUCAUUUUGUAAUGUUCUUAAAGCAAUGAAUGUUUGUGUGCAAAACACAGUAUUUUUAAGAAGGAUAGGCUAUAGUUUUUGCUUUUCCUCCGAACUAGGUGGGCACAUUUCAAAAAAUGUGGAUGGGAAGAAGCCUGGAAACUCCAGUGACUAUUCAUCAAGACCCUCUUUCAUUGUGCAGGGACCCAGCUCCGUCCUCUUUCUUGCCCCCCCCAACCCCCCCCACCUCUAUCCCUGCAGGGAAAACAGGAAACUCAUGUUCUUCAAGGUUCUAGGCUGAUUUUUUUUGUGUGUGUUGUGACAUAUUUAUUAUCUAUUGGAAUCAAUCUUAAAUCAGAAAGCUUUUUCAGAAAGAAAAAAAAAUUCAUCUUUAGGCCAAAAUAAGAGUUGGGUACUUUUUUUUUUUUGAUGAUUAAGGCCUAAUUCUGAGAAAUAUGACUGGCUGGGCUAAAUAAUGUUGUUGUCACUAAUUAAAAGAUAAAUAACUUGGGGGGAAGGUCUUAAGAGAUUGAGAAGAAGAAAGAACUGCAGGGUGGCAUCAGUGGCAAAAAUCCCUAAUAUUUUAAUUUACAGCCAAAACUCUUGAUAUAUAAGUUUGUAUGUAUUGACUCAGAUGCAAAAAAGAAAAAAAAACACUUUGUUUUAUAAAUAUCAAAGUACAUGCUUAAAGCUAAAUUUCUACUAAUUUAUUCCACAGUAUUUAGCUUGCCUAGAAUAGCUAAUAAGUUAUUCAUUUAUAUGCUUUUAAAAAUACAGAGCCUUAUUUUUACUGACUUGUUUGAAGUUUGCAAAAAUUGAAAAAACUAAUAAUUUGGAAAAAUUGCAUUCAUUAGUAUUUUGUAAAAUGCUGAAGCUUUCAGCCCUAUGUCAAUUCAUAGAUUUUUUUUAAAAAAUUAGCUGUAGGAAAAUAAAAUAGUGAGAAACCAAACAUUACUAAAGGUGGUUUAGCUCUUCUUGAAAUAUAUAUACUAAAUUGGUGUACUAUAACACUAGGCUGUAUGUAGGUAAAUUAUUUUAAUGUUGUUACUGGGUAGAUAUACUUACUACAUCUUGAGGUCCACCCUUUCUUAUGCCGAAAUACAACAUGUACUCCAUGAGAGUGGACUCUAAAUUUAAGAGGGAGAGCGUGCAAAGUUGGUACUUGCUUCCUCACUCUUAACCAUUGACCAGGAAAUCAUUCAGGUGGGGAAGGUGGGCAAUGGUGAGGGAAGUUUCAAGGAGAGGGGGAUGGCGAUGUUCAACUUUAGGAAUUUGCAUGAAAAACUUAAAGGGCCUUUUGGACUGCUUCUUAUUUGGUAGUGGCACUAAUAAUGGAACCCAUGAAAAUAGUGUGGGGAGCCAAGUCCUAGUUCACAGUGUACUAGCAGAGAUGGCCAGGGCAGUGGGAAAAGCACGAUGCUUGAAAGACAGCUGAUACCUGUUUGUGGCUCCCAUUCAUCUCAAGUGUGUGCACCAUCUUGUUUAAAAGAGUGUGCCACACCGUGGGGAUAAGAAGGAGUUUGAUUGGUGGCCAUAGUGAUUGGAAGCGGAGCAAAAUGAAAUUCCAUAUGACAAUAUUUUAAUGGGAUGUGUUAAUUGAAAUUAAAUGAUUAGAUUGUCAAACGUCCCCAAACUUUGACAUUAUUUCAUUAAAUUUAUGUGGCCUUGAACUAGAAUUAUAAAUUGCUGCUAUCUUUAAUAAUCUUGGAAGAUAUGCAGGUUUGUAAACAACCACACUUUUCAUGUAGCAGCACGAGGCCAAAAGAAAAAGCUUUUAAAUUCUACCAUAUUGGGUUCCUCACAGUAGGUUUCCCUUAAAACAGGGUGGCUCUAUCUGAUCUUAGCAUCUCUCUACUCUUUCUCUAGGGCUGAUCUCUAGGCUCUUAGAACCUACUCAUACCAAUCUUAAAAGCUCUGAAAAGUAUUUGUCCCCAAGUAUUUUUUGAGAAUGAUAAAUAUUUGGUAGUUUGGAUUCUUUUUUUUUUCUUUCUCUCUCUCUCUCUCUUUCUUUCUUUCUUUUCUUUCUUCCUUUCUCUUUCCUUCUUUCCUUCUUUCCUUCCUUCUUUCUUUUUAUUUUUUUCAAAAAAAGCAUGGCAAAUUCCAGCACACUGAGUUGGGAUUUUCUUGUCCCUAAAGACCAAUCAAUUUCAUAGAUAUUUAAGAUUGAUUCCACACUUUGUUUUCAAGGAGAAUGCCUGCAUUCUCCUCUAAGGAAGAGCAAGUGAAUUUUGUUUUUCACCCCCCAUGGGAUUGGACCUCAAAAAGUAACUUUAAAAAACAGAGAACACAAAUGCCUCAGUUGUAUUAAGCUUAGAUUCAAAUUAUUAUGUUCACUUGAAAAAAAUGAUUUCCUGGGGGCCUUUUGGCAACUUCCCUUUUCAGUGUAGAGAAGAACUUAGUCACCCUGAAACCCUACACAAUAAAUUGGAACUUGUAGAUGUGGGCAGAAGGUUUGGGGGUGGACAUUGUGUGUGUUUAAAUUAAACCCUUUUUCACUGAGAAGCUGUUGUAUGGGUCAGAGAAAAUGAAUGCUUAGAAGCUGUUCACAUCUUCAAGAGCAGAAGCAAACCACAUGUCUCAACUACAUUAUUUAUUUUUUAUGCAUAAAGUGAAUCAUUUCUUCUGUAUUAAUUUCCAAUGAGUUUUACCCUCUAUUUAAAUGCUUUGAAAAACAGUGCAUUGACAAUGGGUUGAUAUUUUUCUUUAAAAGAAAAAUAUGAUUAUGAAAGCCAAGAUAAUCUGAAGCCUGUUUUGUUUUAAAACUUUUUAUGUUCUGUGGUUGAUGUUGUUUGUUUGUUUGUUUGUUUUUAUUUUUUUAUUUUUAUUAUUAUUAUUUUUUUUUUUGGCAUACUACAUGCAGUUCUUUAACCGACGUCUGUUUGGCUAAUGUAAUUAAAGUUGUUAAUUUAUAUGAGUGCAUUUCAACUAUGUCAAUGGUUUCUUAAUAUUUAUUGUGUAGAAGUACUGGUAAUUUUUUUAUUUACAAUAUGUUUAAAGAGAUAACAGUUUGAUAUGUUUUCAUGUGUUUAUAGCAGAAGUUAUUUAUUUCUAUGGCAUUCCAGCGGAUAUUUUGGUGUUUGCGAGGCAUGCAGUCAAUAUUUUGUACAGUUAGUGGACAGUAUUCAGCAACGCCUGAUAGCUUCUUUGGCCUUAUGUUAAAUAAAAAACCUGUUUGGGAUUUAUUUUUUAUUUUUAUUUUAUGUCUUACUGGUUUUCCAAGAUCAAUUUUGCACACAUAUGGGUACACCCUUUGCUGGGUGAUAAUUUCGUUUCGCCUCUAAUUAUCGGGACAAGCAUGAGAAUACAGACUGAAUGGGAGAGAGAAGACAAAAGCUGAAACGAGAGAACUCAGAGAGGAAAAGAAUAAAUAUUGCUGUGGCAAGGCUUUGUAAUAGGCUGCAGAUGCUUGGACCCGCAAUAGAUAUAUUUUAUUCAUUUUGUUAAUUUCCCAUUUCUCAAAUUGUAGUGGCGAAUAACAUGAAAUAAAGGAAUAUUCCUUUCUUCCCUCCCUUCUUCUCUCAUUCCCUCCCUCCUUCUCUUCUUCCCUCUCUCCUUCUGUCCCUCCCCCUGUCCCUCCCCCCCUUCUUCCUCCUUUCUUCCUCCUUUCCCUUCUGGCUAGAAAAUUGGAAUUGCAGGGAGCAAGUAGGGCUAG